AUGUUAGGAAAUUGUUUUAAUUGUGCAAAAUUUGCUAACUAUUUAUCAUUAAUAUCAUCUCAAAAAAAUCAUAUCAAAAAUUGUGUCCAACAAACAACAACUAGGUGUCUAUCAUUGGGCAUAAUAGGAGCGCCGACUGCUGCCGGCCAGUCCCGAUCACCGGGUGUCCAAUUGGGUCCCCGCGUUCUACGCGAUGCCCGACUAAUCCAACAGAUCCAACAACUGGGACACGAUGUCCGGGACUAUGGAGAUAUCGGCGGCGAUAAUGAUGUCGACCAUCAACUGUCCACUGAUGAUGACAACCAAUCGACUACUAUUUCAAGUCGUCUGAAAAAUGAACGCCAAGUUCAAGAUUUUUGCGGACAGUUAGCAUCGAUGGUCCUGAAAGUCCGAUCCGAUGACAAUCGAUUACCGUUGAUCAUUGGCGGCGAUCAUAGUGUGGCCAUUGGAUCUAUAACUGGUAAUAGCGGUGACGGUAGUGGCGGUGACGGUGAUGACCUGUGCGUGAUUUGGGUGGACGCACACGCCGACAUCAAUACUGCCCGUACGACCACUACCGGACACUUUCACGGUAUGCCCGUAUCGUUUCUGAUCAGACAAGUCGGCCAACAAUACGGCGAUCCUAAUGCCGACUGUCUGGUCGGUAGAUCGUUGAGGCCGUCAAUCGAUGCCCAGAAUAUUGCCUACAUUGGGCUCCGGGAUCUCGAACCAUGUGAACUGAAAAUCCUGAAUGACUUAGGUAUCCGACACUUUUCGAUGGCCGAUAUCGACCGCUUAGGUAUCUAUGAAGUAGUGGCCAGAGCUCUAGCGGCUGUCAACCCCAGACUGGAUCGACGUAUUCAUUGUAGUUUUGAUGUCGACUCAGUCGAUCCGAGCCAAGCGCCCAGUACUGGUACACCAGUCGCGGGUGGACUAACCCUACGGGAGGCCCAGGUUAUUGGCGAAGAGAUCGGCCGUACGGGACGGUUGGCGGGACUGGAUUUUGUCGAACUGAACCCCCAGAUCGGAUCGGCCAGUGAUGUCCGACUGACUAUCGAUACUAGUGUUAGCAUAAUAUUAUCGUUUUUAGGUAAAUCCCGUUUAUUGACCAAUCGGGAUCAGUUAUCUUUGAGCGAUUAUUCAAAAUAGAUCAUUCAAUGAUCUACCUGUGCUCUCAACCCUACCACACACACACACCCCUACGCCCACAAAAAAUAUAAGUUAUAUAUAUAUAUACAGUAAAAAACAAUUAUUAACU